UUAUUUCUACAGUCUCACCGCUACGCGGCGCUAGUGUUUCAGUGUCCAUGAACUGUAAACAAGUUCAGUUUGUUUAAACUUUUUCAAAGAAGUGACAUUUCAGUACAAAAUUUAUUCUGCAAGGUGUUACGUAUACCUUGCACACGGAGUUGUAUCAUUCGUACCAUGUCUUCGAUACACAUUGACGGAAGUUUAGGCGAAGGUGGUGGUCAGGUAUUAAGAAUAGCACUUUGCUUGAGUGCAUUAUACAGAAUUCCAGUUAAAAUCGAUAACAUACGAGCUGGUCGUCCCAAACCUGGACUUGCUGCGCAACAUUUGAAAGGAGUGGAAUUGUUGAGAGAUAUGUGUAAUGCAGAAGUUCAAGGAGAUCACAUGGGCUCGACAGUUUUAGAGUUCAAGCCUGGUCAGUUAAAUGCCAAUAAGAAACACACAUUCCUCGUGGAUACAGGAACUGCUGGUUGUAUUUGUUUGUUGGCUCAAGUAGCUUUACCUUGCGCCCUUUUCCUCCCACAAAAAGUCACGUUAAUUUUCAAAGGUGGUACGAACGUUCCGAUGGGGCCACACAUUGAAUAUUUUACAGAGAUAUUCAGACCGUUACUUAAUAAAUUCGGGGCUGAUUUUGAUUUUAGAGUUGUAACCAGGGGUUAUUACCCAAAGGGUGGUGGAGAGGUACAUCUCUACAUUAAACCUGUACAUACUUUGAAAGCUGUUACUUUAACUGACCCAGGAAUUCCACGUGAAAUAACAGGUUGGGCAUACGUUGCGGGUGUAGUUCACAUUAAAGAAGCGUAUAAAAUGGCAAAUGACGUAAAAUCAAUUUUGACAAAAGGUUUAAAUGAAUUUAAUGUUCCACUGCCGCCUAUAAAUAUCGAAGUUUACAAAGAGGAUAGAUCUGUUGCUGUUGGUAAUGGAUCUGGCAUCAAUGUAAUGUGCGCUACAACUAGCGGAUGUAUCAUUGGCGGGUCAGGAUUGGGUUCUGGACGUCAAGAACAAAUAGCACCAGGUGUACAGGCAGCUAAUGAAAUUUUGGAUACGAUAUUAGCAAGAGCUUGCGUCGACGAACAUGCACAAGAUCAGCUAAUUAUUCUCAUGGCUCUAGCCAAAGGUAUUUCCAAAAUUAAUCUUGGAAAUAAGAAGCUCACUUGUCACACCGAAACGGCUAUAAGAGUAGCAGAAUUGAUCUUAAAACAAUUUAAUCUUCAUUUUAAGUUAUCUGAAAAUAGAAAUGAUGGAGGUAAUGCUUCAUAUAGUUUAGAGUGUGAAGGUUGCGGAUAUGAAAAUAAAGAUAUAAAAUAAAUAACAAAAUUAAUUAUAAAUUAAAAUUUAUCCAAUAAGUCUUCUCUUUUGCAAUAUUUAUAUACAUAAUUUUUAAUUAAAUUAAUAAAUGAAUUCUGUUCAUAAGAAUUCUCGAUAAGA